AUGCCUUCUCUGCCAUCACUUGCCCAUGAUCCGGCCCCUAAACUCCCAACUUUAACCCCCAAGCAAAUCCAACACUACCAAGAAAAAGGCUACCUCAUCCUUCCCCAAGCACAACACCAUCUCUUCCCCUCUCUGCAGUCCUUCAAAUCCUGGAUCCAUGAAGUGUCCGUCUGGCCAUCACCCCCAGACCCCACGAAGCCCGAAUCUUACCGCCUGUACUACGAACCCUCCCCUGUACCAGGGGAGGACCCACUCCUCUUCGACACAGAGCGCGUAUCCGAGUCCCACCAGCCACUAGCUAAUAUCAUCACGGGCCCCGCAGCCAUUUCCCUCCUCCACCAAUUGACCGGCCAGCAAAUGCUGCUCUUCAAAGACGAAGUUGCCUGGAAGCUACCCGGUGGGCGUGGCGCGAUCCCGCACAUUGAUCUCCCGGCAUACGGGGACUUCGCACCGGAGUUUGUCGAGAUCAUGAUCGCGGUGGAUGCUCACACAGCCGAGAAUGGGUGUAUGGAGGUUGUAGAUGGGAGUCAUCGAGAGGAAGUUCCGUUUGGGGAGGGGGGCAGGAUUGUUGGGGAUUGGGUUCAGAAGUUGGAGGGACAGGGGAGGGAAUUUGUGCCGGUUGUUUUGGAGGCUGGAGAUAUACUCAUCUUCGGGGAGAAGCUGGCACAUCGGUUGGGGCCGAAUAAGACGGACCAGCGGCGCGCGGCGGUGUUCGCAACUUAUCAUUUUGAUUUGGAGAAGCCGGAUCUGAGGGACGAGUUCUUUGCGCACAGGCUUGUGUUUGAUUAA